AGCGUGGAUGUGUGUGCAGUGCGCAUGCGCCGGACAAAAUGUACGUUUAAUUCAGCAGGUUGUGCUGUUUUGUUUGCUGCUGUUGGCAGUUUAGAGGAGCAGGUUUGUGGAGAUGUUUUGGAUAUCAGCAGCUCAGAGAGGAUCUACGGGGCUCUUCCCGCGUCGCUGGUCUCUGACAUCCAGCAUCAAAGCUGUCACUAUUCCCCGGUGCCCCCUGCUUACUUCACGGUACUUUUCUAGUUCUGACCCCGCAAAGGCACCAACCCAUGACGAAGUAGAAGCGUCGCCAGUGCGGCAGUGGGCUCUGGCCGUCAGCCCCUUCACCACAGUGAGGGCCCGGUUAAGCUGCAACAUCUGCAUCCGCCCUCUGGACGUGCACGCCUACCCCGAGGCAAACCGAGCCCUGAUCUCGGUCCAUUGUACAGACCGUAACCAGAGGGACCUUAUGGAGAACCUGCACGUCCACUAUGAUGAACAGAGCCAAGAGCUGCUCAUCUCUGCUGAGAAGGUGAACAGCAACGUCACGAUUGAGAUGGAUGCACCAAUCAAAAGUAAUCUCUUCAUCACUACUGAAGGACGAGGCAACGUGCAAGUAAAGAAGAUGGAGUGUGAUAUCUGCAAAGUGCAAACAGAAAAGGGCACCUGUUUACUGCACUCUGUUAAAGGUCAUCAAGUCGAGGUGCAGUCCCAUGGCGGAGAUGUUACAGGUGUAGGCACCAUUCAUGGUAAUGUGGACAUCACCACAAAGGGGCACAGCGUGGUUGAUGUCAAGAAGCUUCAGGGAACAAGGAUGAAAGUUUCCACAGAGCAUGGAGCUCUGAAGGUCAAAGCCAUCUAUGCAGAGUCCAGCUGUGUGUUCUCCAGCUCUGGAGGAGUAGAACUGGGUCAUGUACAUGGUAACACCACAGUGGAGAACGAGUCUGGAGAUACAGUUGUAGAUGGUUCUAAUAGUUUCCUGAAGGUUUCCUCUAUCAGUGGAAGCAUUGAUGUCUACGUGGGAGACGGCGGUACAGCUGAACUCCACAGUCAGGCUGGAGCGGUGAGUGUGCGUGUCCCGCCUUCAUUAAGAGCUGGUGUAAAUCUCUGCGGCGCGUCAGUGGACGUCAGCCCAGAUGUUCUUCUGCAUGAGGAACAGAGAAACACCAGCUAUGGCCAGAUCACACUGACUGGCUAUAUGAAUGGACAACCUCCUGUUGACCGGUGGGUCAAAGCUCAGGCAGACAGAGGCUCCGUCAAACUGAGGACACAAAGCUGGUUCGAGUCCCUGAAGCUCAGGAGCUAAGUGACAAGAUGCAUCAUAAUGUUCUCAGGGCCCUACAGUUACGUCUACAUUGGAUAGUUACAGUGCUAACAGCUGAAUGUUUUUCACCUCUGUCUUCACUAUGUACUGUAGUUCAGAAAUAUAAAUUUUAAUUGAGUGUCUUUUAAAUGUUCUUCAUGUGUCAGAUCAUCUUACUGGAGGUAAGAUCCUCCAAAACUGUCUCAGACCUUAAAACAUCAGUAAAUAGCCUAAUACUUAUACAUCA